CUGUACGGAGAAGAGUAUGUACCGCGAGCCUCUGCCGAGCCGAGAUUUGUUGAAGGAGAAUCAGCGGCGUUUACGCUUUCUUCUCCUCGUCCUUUCUCCGCCUCCGCUUUCCCAUUGCCUUCCCACUUGAUCUCCUUCUCUCUCUACGGUGCUGUUUCUGCACCUGGUCGGCGGACCUCGUUCGAUUCCUCCUCCUCCUCCUCUCUCUCUUCCUCCUCCUCCUAGUCUUCUUGUCUGUUUUCUGCUGCGGCUUUAGCCGCGCCUGAUCUGCUCAUCAUUGGGGCUUCCGCGUUAUCCACCACCCAAGCAAACAGCGCUCAAUCAUCUUCAUCGUGCUUGUGCGCUGAGCUCCAGCUCAUGGCUAUGGAUUCCGUGGACGAAACUCGUCUUGCAGAUGGAUCCUCGUCGUCUUUCUCUAGUUCAUCUACAACACCCAGUUGUAAAUCCAUGGAGAGAACUCCCCUCCUUUCCCCCUCUCCUCCCUCUCCUCCUUCUCCUCCUCCAUUACGGGAUUACAACUCUCUUCCCUCCGAGUCAUCAAGAUCAACACCAACUCCCUUUGCCACCGUUCAUCUAGAUGAUCCAUCGUCUGGUCGAUCUUCUUCUUCGUCUUCUUCUUGUUCUUCUUCUUCUGCGGCUAUGGCGUCGUCGUUGGCCGGGAGUAUCACGUCGAGGAGAGGACUGAGGGAGAGGAGGACAGUGUCGUUCUCCCUACCGAGUUCUUCGUUGUACGGAGGCAGCAGCGGCAUGACCACCACGUCGUCGGGAUCCUCAUCGCCAUCGGGUACUGCUCAGCAGGAGUCUGUAUGUUCCAAAGAAGUGCGGCCAAGUGCAUCAUCCAUUCGUGUCCCGACAAAGGUCGUCGGCUCAAGGCGAAGUCUAUCUGUGGAUGCGGGCGGGAGUUUGCUAAGCAUCUCACCAUCCACCUCCUCUCCUCUCUCUGGAUCUCCCUCCUCCUCAGCAGCAGGGGCGGCAGGCUUGCCCUCUCCUACUGUCAGGACUCGCGCAGUACGGCAGCUAACACGGGCAGACACCCCUAGACCUAGGGGAUUGAUAGCCAUGCAACCAGCCGGUUUGCUGUUUGCGAAUGGGGGAGGGGUGGAAGAAGCUGGGGGAGGAGAGAAUGGAGGAGGAGGGGGAGCAAGUGCAGCAGCAGCAGCAGCAGCAGGAGGAGGAGGAGGAGGAGGAGGAAGGAGCAAGGGGGGAACAAGCGAUACGACGACGACGAGUGUUUCUCGCCUCGUGCCGGCGUCUUCUGCUCCCCCAGCUUCAGCUGCUAUCCCUACGUCCUCCUCGCCCUCAUUCUCCUCCUUCUCCUCCUUCUCCUCCUUCUCCUCCUUCUCCCCUACCAAUCGCCAGUGUCUCUCUCCGCACCCUCCUAUGAGGCCAGGAUUAGAGCCAAGUGCACGGGACCUUGGCCCUUCUUCUGUUCGCGCGGCAGGUCCACGAGCCUCCACCGUUUCUUCCUCUGUUGUCCGCACUGACCAUUACGAUGAAGAGCAAACCCAUCGCCUUGCACCGGGGGGGGGGGUUCGGUCAACUACGCCUUGCGGGCGAAGGGAUGCCCAUCAUCGCCACUAUAAUCAUCACAGAACUCGCUCAACUGUCUCUCCUUUGCCAGGAGAACAACUGUACGGCAUUGACAGUCUCGUCUUGAACUCCAUCUCCAACUCCACCUCAGACUCUUCUGCUCAACAUCGGGGUGCCGACUCUAAUGCUGAUCCCGCACAGCGUAGCAACAAGGUUGUUGUUGGAUUCGCUCUACCAGGCAAGGCAAGUGAUACACGGGGAGGGGGAGACGGAGGUGGUGCAGGAGAGGGAUCUGCAGCAGCAGCAGCAGAUAGAGCUAUCAAUGGAGGGGGAGGAGGAAGUGACUCUCCUCGGUGUCAGGGCGUUGAGGGGAAAGCUGUUGCCAUUCAAGAUCAAGAUUCCGCUGCAGCUCGUGAAGCCCACUGGUCUGGCGGAUCGCAGUUUGAACACUCGAACUCCUUCACACAUGCUCGUCUACCCAAGUUUGAAGAACUGGGCAAGCGCCAGUGUGCCAGAUGCAAAAAAAGGGUUUUUCUCUUCAAGACGCGCUGUACUGUCUGCAGGAAGCUUUACUGUCGAGGCUGUGCUGACGUUGCAAUGUCAGAGGGAAAGCGGUGUCAGGCCUGUGUUGGAAAAGUAGGUGACGAAGGGGUGAAGAAAUCAAAGCGCAAAGGGUACCUGACGUCGCUUAUAUCUGCCAAGCCUGUUCGUAACGUUGAAAUUUCCGAAGGGCAGAAAAAAGAUGGAAGCAGCAGCGAUGAGGCGAGAGACGCAGGCGAGAGCGAGGAGCUCGAUGGCCAGAAAUCUGGAGCACAUGAUCGGCAGGAGAAGAAUGAACAGGUUGUAGAGACGACAAGGAGCAGUGGCGGCAGCGGUGAGUCGGCCGGGGCGUUUGGUUCGACAGCAGCGGAAGAAGAGACAGGUGCCUUGGGCAAGUGGGACAGCGGGAAUGGGGCGAGUGUACAAUCCGUGGGGAGUGGCGGGACAGAUGUAGGGAGCAGCAGCAGAAAGGUGUCGCGAACACGCGAGUGGCAUCGACGAGGCAAGUCCACGGGUGCACUGAGAACUAUUCUCGAGCCAAUGGGGUACGACGACGAGAAUGCGGCUCGUGUCCGUAGAGAUGGCGGCAAUGGCGGCAACGCGACGGAGGAGGUUAAGAAAUCCACCAGGAUCUUUGUGAAUGGCAAGGAACUUUCGCAGAAAGAACUAGAUUGGCUUCAGCGUAACGCAUCCAGAUCAAAUGAUGUACAGUUGAAGCCUGGCUAUUACUGGUACGACCGUCUAUCAGGCCUGUGGGGCAAGGAAGGAAGCCGAUGGGCGACGAUUCUUCCCCCCGGUCUGGAGAUUGGGGGUCCUCGUAUGGCUGUUUGGUGCAGUGGAGGAAGGACUGGAGCAUUUAUUAAUGGAAGGGAGGUCGACGAUACCGAGCUUCUGAUGUUGAGGAAAAUGGGUAUGCGGCGCUUUGACCGAGGGAUGAAGAUGUGGCUUGCGUCAGACGGUUCCUUUGGAAAGGAGGGCAAGCCUGCGACUGGAAACAUCUGGCAUAAGAUCCAGGCAACAUCCAUGGGUGCUGGAGUCAUGGUAGCACUUCUUACUGGGCAGUUGCUGUCGAGUACGAAAGAGCCGACAGCAAAGGAGCGGCUAAUGGCAAAAUUUUAUGCAGUCGACGAUGACGACCAUCCGGCGGAUGUGCUGCGCAUCCGACAUGUCCUGCUGACGCAAGGACUCGUGAUCAAUGACAGUACCACUGCAGCUGCGAAGGAAGUCGUGCGGAAAGCCUUGGUGCGAGAGCGGCGAGAUGAAGAGGACAUGAAACUGGAGGAAGAGGCGCAAGAGCUACAGAAAUUAUUGCAGGCAAAGAGGGCGCAACGAUUGGCGUCGUUAGCUGCGAAAGGGGAGGAAGCGGCCUCUGCUCAGCGGCACUCGCGGUCUAAGUCGUGGUCGUUCAUGGGCCUGCUCGGUUACAAAGGCCCAGGCACCCAAGCGAACGACAAUCUGGAGAACGGUGUGGCAGAACCUUACGCCAAUUCUACGGACAGAGGGGCUACCAAAAGCAACGGUAGUGGAAACGCGUAUGACAAAACUUCAGAAGCGUCUGAACGUUGCAGAGAGGCAAGGAUGGAUAGCAAUGCCGAAGAUGAUGACGAUUCGGAUGCUCUCGAUGUCCGGAAUCGGUGGGAGGAGGAAAGGGCUUGCGCGUCAGAAAUGGCAGAAGGCGACGAGCGCGCUGAUGUUAGGGAUGCUGGAAGGGAUACGGAAGGAAGAUCGGAAAGACGAUCGGAAGCUGAUGACGACAGCAAUAAUAGAGGCUGGAGAAUGGACCAGUGUUCAGAGUCUUCCAUAGAGGAAAAUGCGCAUUUGUAAUCGGACUGCAGUUGUUGUUCUCUGGUCUGGCAUCCCACAGACUCAUUUUUUUAAAAGGGCGACGACCUUUGGAUAUCAACGAUAUCAUCAUUGGAUUGACCGCCCGAGGUAAGUCAGAAAUGAUUUUAUACUCUGGUCAUUUGGCUGCAUCUGGAUUCGAACUCGGGUCCGUAUUUCAACGGGCCACUGGUGUACUCACUGAGCUAGGCCCGUUGGUGCAUCCUACGGACUGCUAUUUGUGAAAGGGUGGAGAAUCAAGCGGACGGUGGGAUCUUGUAGAGAGGAGAGGAGAAUGUCCGUCUGCAAGUGAAAUGGGAAGAACGGAGUGAUCUUCAAAAUUAUUCUGGAGAGGAAAAUGUGCAGCGUGCCAUCAGCUGUAAAUGGAGAGGAGUAGGUGUCCGUUGGUGUAGCGUGCAAUCGUUGUCCCCCCCCCGUCCAGCUGUUCAUCAAUUGACUUUCUCGGUCCAAAAGGACAUUGAGGAGGAAGAUCAAUGGUAAGGAGGAGGACAUAGGCUUAGGAUUGUUUUAGGGUUUGGUUUUGCGGCUUGUUAUGUCCUGCUGUGUGAUUCGUUGGGAUUAUUCAAAUAUGCAAUAAUUUUUUAUUUUAUGUUCGAGAUUUCAAAGGUAGCACUUGUUUUUCAAAGGGGCAUUAAGAAAGAACUUUUCCUUUUGUUAAAGAAGAUGGCCAAAAUUUCCUUGUUAGUGUUUAAUCGCUCGACCGUUAGGGUUUAGGGUUUAGGGUUUAGGGUUUAGGAGUUUUGGUGUUUGUGUGGACACACUGAUUUCUGGUUUGCCUGCUUUCUUCAAGUUUCUUGGUUCACCUUGUUGUGAAUGUCUUCUUUUGCAACUUUCACACAGAGCCUACGACGGAACUUGAGCUGGAGACCUUUGCCUUACCAAGGGAAUGCUCUACCACGUGAGAUGCGUGGCCUCCCACGUACCUCACGCGGAAAGGUGAUUGCAGACGGCUGUCUUCUCGCCGUAGAACUGUCUUUUCCUCUAAAGCACAAACACAAUGCUGCAGCGUGAGCUUGCCAGAUGUCGGUCCUUCUUCUUUCUCUGGAAGGCAUCACCAUGUUUCGUUCAUUUGCAUUCUUAAGACUCUCUCUCUCUCCCCCCCCCUCUUCACUCCUUUCCCCUUUGUCUUUUAUCCCCUAUUCCACUCCUCUUCUUUCUUCGCUCUCUUCUCUCCCUCCCUCCCUCCUCUUUCUCUUUUUCUUACUUUCUUUAUUUGCCAAAAUGUGGACCAUUUGCCGACCUUUGUGUGUCAUCUUUGCGCAGGGACCUUUUUUUAUUAUUUUCUUCUUUUGAACUUUCCUGCUGUACCUGUUCCUUCUUCUCUGGUACCCCUCUCCUCAGCUCCCCUCCUCCUUUCUCCCACUCUCCCCUUCUCCCUUUCUGUGGUCGCCCCUCUCGUCCCCCCCCCGCUCUUCUCCCCUUCUCUCCUUCUCCAAUUCUUCCGUUUUCCCCUUGUUGCUUGUACUUUUCUCCCCUGGUCUCCUUCUUGCCUUUCGUUUGCACCUUUCCUCACCUUCUUCCCUUUUCUCUGUCCUUUUCCACUCUCGCUUGCUCCCACUUCCCCCCCCCUCCCAUGCCUGACUCAUCCUGUUAUUCUCCUCUUUGCCCUCCCUCCUCCUCCCUUGAUACCAGCUAAAAGGUCUGUAGAGUCUGUACGUGUACGUAUUUCAGGUACAGGUGCCAAGUGACUUCUUAAGCUGCUGUGCCCCGGUGAAGGCACCAGUUGUCAGACAGGUCUUCUGUUCCGUCUUCCGCAGCGCUCAUGCCCAUGGGAGUUAUUGCAGCAUGCACCCGAAGCUGUUCUAGAUGAGUGAUUUCCAGUGACCGUGUGGUGAAGGGAUCGGUGAGCGGUGAGCAGUUUGAUGAGCUUAACUGGCAGAGACCUGAACUUUCAACACAAAUCAACAGUGACAACUCAG